UGUCCGACAACUCUACUAGUAUUCAGAUGAGCAACAGUUUAAUGUGUGAGAGAACCUUCACAGGCUAAGUCCCACGGGUCAUUCAGACAGUCGUCCAAAAUGGCGAAAGAAAAGCUGACCAGGUACAAGCCUCACAACCCUGGCUACAUGGGGUGUCUACAACUACUUCUGCUGUCUACCAACCUUAUGUACAUGGUGGGUGGAGCGUUGCUGAUCGUUGCCUCCCUGUCCGCCUUCCUGAGGUUUGAGGCGUGCCUUCAGGACUACUCAACUGCCGACGGCGCGGUAGACUUCAUCGCUCUCCGGAACACCUGUCUCGUCGUGGGGGGUCUCCUGUUCGUGACAGGGACGGUCGGCUGCUUCGCCGCGUGGAAGGAGAGCUACUAUCUCUCCUUGGCGUAUUGUUUCUUAAUCGGCUUCCUCUUUAUCCUGACGAGCGCCGCAGUCACCACACUUAUAGCCGUGCACCUGCUAAAUACGACCUCCAGGAACCUGGAAACUUUACUGACGUACACGAUGAAAGCAAGAGGACCGGAGAGGAUCAUGAUUGACAUCAUUCAAAACAAGUUUGAGUGCUGUGGAGUGAAAGGGUACCAAGACUGGUUCGGCCAUCCCAGGACGGCCUCUCUCGGGCCCAAAGCCGUGCCGCCAUCUUGCUGUAAAAACACCAGCUUUCCUCUCUCUUUAGACAGCCUGAAAAAACUGUGUGACAAAAAAGAAAACGGCACGUUUGGGACAUACACCCCGAGUUGUGGGGCUGGGUUAGAGACACCAGGCAUCGCCAAGAAAAAGGUUCACACAGAGGGUUGUGUACAGGCCACGAACGAUCACGUCAUGAAACACAUUCUGCGGUUGGAAGUGGCGGUGGCAACACUGGCCUUGUUAGAGAUGUUGGGACUUCUGUACGCAUGCUGCUUCAUGCGAGAAGCCAGGAGAAAAGAGCACGACCAGUACCUGGCCGAGCGGAAGUACAAGAGGCUGAGCUUAAUCAAUGAUGACAAUGUGAUUGUCGAGUAGAUCGCCAGGUGGCGCACUUAGACUAUGUACGACAUCUACACAGUUCUACAUGUACAGUAUUAUAAAAGUGUCGGGUGAGCAGGUGCAUGAAAACACAUUGUGUGAUGCGAACUUUGGGUCACAUACUUUAGUGGCUUCUUAUUUUCUUAGACGACUUUCUUAAGAACAUGAUUGCUAGAAGACGAUCAUUGAUUCAUGUUUUUCUUCAAGGAGUGUCUGGCUCUUAUGUGAAGGGUCUGUUUUAUCGUCAUUCGAUACUGAAUAUACGACUGUACAAGAAUCAUUGUGCUGGGACAAAAUUGGGAUAAAAUUAGUAAGAAGUUAGUGGGUAGAAAAUGUAUAAAAGACGUAUAUAACGGGUUUUUGGAAAAGGUCAAAAAUGUUUUUUGUGAACAAUCAGCAGUUAGAGCUAGAAAUGGGCGAAUCGUGUUGUGUAUAUU